UGUGGCAAGCACUUACUUCCGCCCGCCUCCUCUCAGCCGUUGUAAAAAGGUCCCGCGAUAUUUUUUUAUCUGUGGUUCAGCGCGCCGUUUUUUGGCUUGUCAAUCGAAACCACGCAACAAUUUUCUCUUGAUUUUUGCCGUAAAUUUAAGUAAUUUCUUGAUGUAUUAUACGAAGAAACAUUGCAAUCGAUGCGCCACAUAAAGUUGCGUGAAGUCUAAGCUCGGAGUGCUCGAAAAUCGGUGCGAUAUUCGUUGUUCCGUCGCAGUGACCCGCGAACUCAUAACAUGCCUCUGUUGAAAAGAAAAGCGUUUGAGAAAUCCAAGGCGUCCGGGUACUUGCGUGACGACGAUGAGGUCUUCCACUGCGAAAUCACCGACGAGAUCUUCAAGGACUAUGAAGAAUAUUGUGAGAGGAUCAUAUUGGUUAAUUCCAUGGUGUGGUCAUGUGAGAUGACAGGGAAGAACAACUUGACGUACGCAGAGGCGCUGGAGAGUGAGAAAGCUGCAAGAAAGUCGCUCAGAGACUUCCCUAUGGAGCUUAGGAUUCCAAUUCUAUACUUGGCAUCGAAGACCAAGCGGAGUUCAUUUGCUGAGAUGUCUGAGGAUGUGUUCAACUACGUGAGGGAGAGGUUCUUUGUGGGAGAGACGGUGGAGGCCUGCCUGGAGGGGGACUCCUGGCAGGAGGCACACAUUCUCUCCAUCACAGCACAGAAACAGCCACCAGGAAGCAAAGUGGUACUCCCCGGAUCAUCAUACUGCUACGAGGUCGAACAGUACCAAGAGGACAACCCAGCGGGAGGCAAGAUAGGCCUCGCGCCUCACGACCGCGUACGCCGACGCAAGGGAGUUUAUUCGAGGGACAAGAACCGGCUGUUCCUCAAGCAGUUUGUACAACAGUCCCAAGGCAUCAUUGUCAUCAAGAAAUCAGCACUAGAGAAAUACAACAUAGGCAAAGUGAACUUCGACCAGAUAUUCACCGGCUCCCCGCCCGAGUUCUCCCCCUCAAAGAAACUCCUCAAGUCUCCCCCCACCAAGGCCCCCGCCAAGCCGGGCUCUGCCACCAAGCUGAAGGCCAAGAAGGGGACUCCGGAUAAAAAGGGACAGCAGUCCAUGGACAAGUUCCUUAAGAAGACAGAUAAAAAUGAAUCACCCAAACCAAAGACACCAUCAGACCCUAACGCCAAGAAGAGCGCCCAGGAACUGGCGGCGAAGAUGCGUCGCGCUGAAGAGGAGAUGCGACAGCGGAAAGAAGAAGAAAAGGCCAAGAAGAAAGCAUACCUGAAGGAGUGGCAGAAGGUUAAAGAAGACCAGGAACUGGAGGACCAUAAGAUAAUCCCCAAAGGCACCCCCAUAGACAUGGAAGGCAUACCGCACGAGCAUUUCGGGGACUUCUUAUCCGUGCUCGAGUUCGUGCAUAUUCACGGCGAGACCCUCAAGGUGAAAGACACCCUCCACAACGGCCUCGACAUUGAAACGUUCCGCAAAGCUCUGACCUUGAAGCAGCACGCGGGCGUGUUCAGCGACCUGGUGCAGAUGUUCCUCACCACAAUCUUCCAGCUGCAGGAGGACGAGGCCGAGGACUACAACGAGAGCGGCGGCAUACAGGAGUCCACUGAUUACGAGCCUAUGACCGCAGGCAUGGACAAAGCAGUGGAACUGGCCACAAAGGCUAGCAAAUGGUCUCAAACAUACCUCGGUACCCCGCUUAGCAAGCUACCACUCGACCCUACCACAGUCAGCGAAGUACUCAGGCUGCACCUGCUGUCGUCGGGCGCCGCGCCGGGCUCGCGCUGCGCCACGUGGCGCUACCACCAGCGCGGCGGCUACAGCUCGCACGACGACGCCGGCCUGCGCCUCCGUCUGCAGCACCCCGACAUACUCCGCACCAUGCUCACCAAACAUGUCGCUGAUAUGUCGCUAGGCGAUAAGUUCCUGAUCCUGCAGUGUCUCAUGAACCAGAUAAUCAGCUACGCGACGGUGCGGGACAUCAUCGAGGAAAAACUUGAUGAGAUGCGCAACACCAAGCAGGCUCUUAGGUCGUUGCAUAUAAACGAGCGUCGUCGCGAAGCCCAGCUCUUAGCAUCACGGCAAGAACUAAAAAAAGAGUAUGCAGCCAAGAAAGCAGAACAGAAACUCACCGGGGAAGCGGCCAAAGCUCACGAUGAAGCCCUCAAGACGGCCUUGGAGAAGAUGAAUAAGGAGAGCGAAGGGUUGAAGGUGGAGUAUGAGAAGAAAGUUAAGGAGCUGAAGGUGCAGCUGUUCGAUUACACGUCUUAUGUCGGUUCGGACCGCGCGUUUCGCCGCUACUGGCUAAAUCAGCAUGUUGCUGGGUUGUUUGUGGAGAACGGCGCCGAGAGCCGCGGCCCGUGUCGAGACAAAAUGGCCGACUUGCACCGCGAGCGAGCCGGUAGCGACAAAGAGAACGAAUCAGCAGCGAACUCCCGCGGCGGGUCCCCAAAGAAACCCCUCACCAACAUCAACGGGCUCGCCAACAAGCUCAACGGACUGGAGGCCGGUCUAGCGCAGGCGCAAGAACUCAUGCUGUGCACUGGAGACCCGCCUACCUGUAACGUACAUGGAAAGGACGAAUAUCGGCCGUUCUGGUGGGUUUACCACACUCAAGAACAAAUCGAGGGCCUGAUCCAAUCGCUCAACAAGCGAGGUUUGAGAGAGAACGACUUACGGCACAACCUCGAGUUGGACAAGGACAACAUACUGGAGUACAUACAGAAGUGUCCGCUGCAUUUAUUGAAUCCGGCAGCUAAAGUGCCACCGCCAGUCCCGUCGACGCGAAUGCACAAAUUCCAGCCCUCACUCAAUGUCCCAGACGACUGCACGCUCUCUGAGGCACUGGAACUGUCUCUCAGAGACCAUAUAUUGGAGUUGGAGGAGAAGAUCUUCCACGGCUGUCUAGGAGUGCUCAAAGUUAAGGACCGCGAAGCGUGGCGCGGCACGAUCAUGGUGCGCGGGUACGACAAGCAGGCCGACCACCUGGCGUGGGGCCCCGGCCGGCGCUACCGGGACGACUACGUCACGGCGGCGGCGGCGGCGGUACCCACAGACAACAAAACCGACAUAACAGCCAUACCAGAGAACAAAUACCGCGAUCCCGGCCACUGCCUCGAACCGCGACCCAACGGCAUCAAGGUGGAGCCCGGCGCCUCCACCGCCGCCCUGCACGCCACAGUUCGAGGGCUGGCGGGAGCACUUCUUCAGGUGGAGCAGGCCAUACACCACAAGUACAUCAAGCGCCCACUGGGCCUUAGCGACAAGGAACGCAAAGAGCGCGAGGCCAAAAACAAGCCCCUCGACAACGACACCCUCGAGCGCUGGGAGGUCUCCCUCAUGGAGUGCCGCAGUUUCGCCCAAAUCGUCCUACACCUCUUCACGCUAGACUCCAGCAUCACAUGGUCAGCUAGCAUAUUGAAUGCGAGCUGUAGGUUGUGUAGGAGGAAAACUGACCCGGAUAAUAUGUUGCUGUGCGAUGGGUGUAAUAAGGGGCAUCAUCUGUAUUGCCUGAAGCCUAAACUUACGAAAGUACCAGACGGCGAUUGGUUCUGCGAGCAGUGUCGGCCGAAGGAGCGGACGCCGCGCAAACGGAGGCGAGUGAUCGAGGAACCUAUCAACGACGACAGUGACAGUAAAAGCGAGGAGUCGGAAGACGAGUUGGACCUCGGUCUCUGCGGGGCGUGCGGCAGUGGAGGAGAGCUGGCGGCCGUGUGCCGCUCGUGCGAGUCCCGCUACCACGCCGAGUGCGUCGCCGCGCCGCCCUCGCGGCAGGCCAAGCGGUGGAUCUGCCAGGCCUGCCAGGCCCCACCUUCUGCACACCCGAAGAACUCGAGCCGGCGCUGCGCCGCGGCCGCGCUCGACAAUAUCCACCACUACACGCGCGCCCUGCACGGCCGCCGCAGCAGCGAGGAUUCUUACGACAGUGAAGACAACACAUCGCUAAUAGCACUUAAGAAGACGAGGUCACGACAGAGCAAGGAAGCGUCGCCUAUCGUCAAUGGAGAUACGCCCACUAACAAUAGGAGAUCGCGCAAAUCGAAAGACGAAGUCAACACGAGUGCGAGCAAAAAAGCGAAAGCGCCUCUUACGAACGGUGUUCACGAAGAAAAACAAGUGAACGGCAGAAAACGAGGCAACAAAGAAACGUCACUCCAUACGGAGGGCUUGGAGCAGCUCCUUAAAGAGGUGAUGAAACACAAGGACUGCUGGCCGUUCUACGACCCCGUCGACACGGAAAUGGUGCCCGACUACUUGGACGUCAUCAAAACUCCCAUGGACUUCACGACGAUCAAGGAGAAGCUGUCACGAGGCGAGUACGAGACGGACGCGGCGCUGCUGGCCGACACCGCGCUCGUGUUCCACAACUGCUACACUUACAACAAGGACACGCACCCUGUAGCCAAAGCGGGCGUCCGCCUCGAGCAGUACAUCCAGCGGCGCUGCGCCGACCUCUCCCUCCCGCCGCUGCCCGAGCUGCGCCUCGACGAGGCGGCGCCCGGAGCCAAGAAGCCGCGCCUCAAGUGACCGCAGCCGCCGCCGCGCCUGCGCGACUACCUGUGCUACUAGGGCGACAGACGUUGGUUUGGUGUUUCAUCUACUCCUAGUACU